GUCAGAUAGCUGACAAAAUGAUGGCUGUGGACCGCAUAAUUAUUCUGUACAAUACUUGCAAGCCAGAACGAAAGUUCUGGGUAAAAAGACGGAAAACUAAGUUUAGUACUCCAUGUAAGUUAUGGGUGUUAACCAUGAUGGAGCUACCACGAACCUGGGAAUGAUUUGGGAUGGCGCGAAAUAAGCAAACAUUGCAAUAAUUUAAAUAAACAAUAGUAUUCUAAACAUAAUAUUUAGUUUUAAAUCGUAUCACUACGGCUCAUGUUCCAUACUUUUUAUCAACCAAAGUCAAAUACCGUACCAUCAGCAGGCCUGAUGAACUGAUGUCGGGGGCCGGAUCCGACCUGCGGGCCGUAGUUUGGUGACCCCUGCCUUAUAGUAAUCAAAGUAUUAAAUUGUUUCACAGAAAAUUAAAAAAUUGUUCCACUGCACAUUUGUAACUAAACUCUCAAUUGAAUUUUUUAACCCCAUAUUCGAUGGCUACUAUAUACUAUAUUUAAGGUAGACUCUAUUCCCAUGUGGCCCACAAAAAAAUAUUAAUUUCCACAGAAUAGAUUGCGUACCUUAUCUAUACUAUAACAAACUAUUCUAUAGAACCCAAUCAUGUUUAGGGGUAUAGUUAGACUUAGGCCUAUGCCUAUAUAGACCAUAGACAUAGUGGACCUAUAGUAUAGUCUAUAGUACUCUAUAAGUUAUUAUCAUAGGCCUACUGAGUAAGUAGUAGAAUUUAAUAUGUCUUCCAUUGCCUGUCAACUAAAUUUCUAUACAAGCUAGUUUGUCUGUCUCUGUAUCUUGCUUUUGAAGGCUUCUUAGCCGAAAUAUCCAUUUUUCUAUUGUCAGGUUUUUCUCUACCAUGUAUAUUUCUUAUUGCUUCAACCUGAACGCAGCCCUCCCUGUAUUUCUGAGUAAUUAGUAUUGUAAUAACUUGUAGGUUAUGGUAUAUCUACUAAGUUUUUUACUUUCUCCUUCUUAUCUCUUAAAAUGACCCCAUAUAUUCUCCUCAGAGAAUAAACGCACAGCUCACGCCCAGAGAUAGCACACUGCAAGGAAAAGCAGCAUUGACUCAAAUCCUACUAGGACUCAAAGCUAUCCAGGCACAAAUAGGACCGGCACAGUGAAAUAUAGCCUUGGUCGUCUUGGCAUGGGAAGAACGAACAACACCGCCACCCCAUAUAUGUACACUAACUCUACACCUUAUGACUUAUAGCAUUGUACCGAAUGCUUCGACUCAUAUAUUUUGUUAACAAUUAAAUUAUUUCAUUCAUUUGGUCUAAGCUGAGAACAAAACAAAAAUAAGAAGAAACUGUAACAAAGAUAAAUAGGGCCAUACAGUUCAUACAAAAAAUUGUGUUCAACAUUAAAAACCAUGUUCAUUAGACAAAUAAAAAAAACGUGGCAUAAUUUAAGACCAUUAUAUUGAAAAUUCCCUAAUCAAUGUUUGUUGCUAUAUUUGCAUACCUUUAAAAAAAAUAUAUUUCAGGAAGACAUACAUUUUACACAUUUGACACAUUAAAAGAUGUCUGGGCUAUGUGCAAUAUAAUUUUGAUAAUUAUUGAAAUAUAUUACUAUUUUAUUUUUUAAUUGUAUGCAUAUUUUGAUAGUCUUACUAAAACGCAGUUGUUAAAAAAAAGUUUAAAAUCUUCUCUUUUUUUCUUUCUUUUUUUUUUUUUUACAGUUGAAACGGCAACAUCCUGGUGCUGGGAUAUACAAUGUUUUCUUCUAGGUUUACAAGUGCUCUUUCACAGAUUUGUCAUAAAAACUUCAACAUUCAAAAUUUUUUUUAUAAAAUUUUUAUUUUUUUUCUUUUUUCUUUCUUUUUUUUUUUUUUUACAGUUGAAACGGCAACAUCCUGGUGCUGGGAUAUACAAUGUUUUCUUCUAGGUUUACAAGUGCUCUGUCACAGAUGUGUCAUAAAAACUUCAACAUUCAAAAUUUUUUUUAUAAAAAACAAUUUUGUAAAGUAUUUUAUGGGCAUUCAAAUGUCAGUUGUAAUAGUUUUAUUUCCCAGUGUUCUAAAGAACAACUAAAACAUGUUAGAUCAGGCAAACAUUUGAUACAGCCAUUUACGUUUGCUAGGUUUUAUUGUCAACAAACACUAGAGGGAAAUGAACCAGUUAAAAAAAAGAGAGAUAUAAUGUAUAAACCUAUGAGGAAAGAAAGGUUGGCGAAUCAGGAAUUGUUCCGUAACAUUUUAUCUCAAAAAGGGGAGAAUCCAAUGAGUGUAGAAGAUUGGGCUUGUGUUGAAAGCUUGUUUUUAUCAAAAAUUAAAGAAAAAUGGGAAAUAUUUUGCAUGCAUACAUUGUAUUUGGAUAAGAAUGUUAAAUUCGGCAAAAGUCUUAUGAGCUAUUUAGAAUCAAAACCAACUACUCCAAAUGUAAUAGCAAUGACAUUUUUCAUUGGUUUACUUGGUCAAACCUGCAAUGGAUCAGAUGAGCAAGAAGCUGAGGUGAAAAAGUACUUUGAUAUUCUAUUAUCAAAUACGGACACUUUUGAUGCUGCAUCUAUAGAGGUUCUUAUAAAUUAUUUAUAAACACAAUUAAAUUAAUUUAAACUUGCAUAAAUAACAAUUGUUGCCAGUAAAUUAUUUUAUCUGUUAAGUAAUUCAGUUUGCACAAAGUUUAUGAAAAAUAAAUAACUUUUGCUUUAACACAAAAAAAACCUCAGAGAAAUAAACAUUUUAAUUAUCUAAAUAGCAAUUAAAUGUAGAUAACAUUUUUUGUUACCACAAUUAGUGCUUUUUUUUUUUUACCAUGGCAAUUAGUUUUGAUGAAAAGCAUUUCUGUUACAUUUGCAUUUAUUAAAGUGAAAUGUCAUAUUAUGGUACUUAGAAAUAUUUGAGUACAUUUUUUAGAAAAAAAUAAUUACAAUUUUUUUUUAUAAAUCAUUCAUUCCCCAGAUACUAAUUCAGGGAUUAUCUAAAACCAAAUACUACCUGGAAUGUCUUCCCCUACUGGAAACAUAUGUAGAGUUCAAUGGCCUUGGUGCUGGUGUGAUGGCUGCUUUGUUAGAUGCAGGAAUGCGUUAUCACAACAGUGAUCUAACAAAUUUUGCAAUGUCACAAUUUGAGAAAGGGAGUAAUGACCCAACUCAAUUAAUUCAGUUUGUGUCAAUGGUAAGAAGAAUAGUUUUAAGAGGAUUUUAAUUUAAUUCACAAAAUGAUUUUCCACGAACUAAAUUUACCUAUGGGGUGCACCUUGGCAUAUAAAUGCCAAUACCUUGUAAAGAGAAUAGAAAAUUGACUAUAAUUAAGUUAACAUCAAACCCUUACACUCAUUAAAGAUAGGGGUAACAUCUACGUAGUGGUCACAUGAGCUGUUUGAAACGAAAAAAAAAUCCCUCUGAAGGUUGUAAAUAGACUUGUCAUAUUUUUUUUUAAUGAAGAAUAAUUAUAAUCAACAUAGUGUUAUUUAAAUGAUUGUUUCAGUGGGUAUUAUUGGCCUGCUUUUGGCCAAAUAGAUGAUCAAUUUUGGUUUGCAUAUUUAAGGUUAAGGACCCCUGUUUGGCCGGAUCUAGUAUACAGAGUUGCAGUUUGAAGAAUCCUGCCAUAGAUAAUUGAGCUUUAUAAGUUUUUUUUAUCAUUUUUUAUUUCUGCGAUGUGUAUCUCUUGUUCUUUUUAUAAGAAAAUUACCAAAAUUUUCAUUUCAACAACAUGAUGUACCCGGUAUGUUUUUUUUAUAAAUGAUAAAUAUGUCUUCUCCUAAGACCUUUAAACAAUUUUACCUGCUUGCAUUUGUAGAAUCCCAAGAUAGCUGAGACAUUAUUGAUCUAUGAGUUGUCCACAGGUGGUGGAGAGUUGCUUGGCUGCGGACAACCAGCAAGGUCUGGAGGACCUCAUGGGCUUCCUUAGAAAACAUAUGUUGCUUUUUCCAAAGACAGCAUUAGAGGAGAUUCAUGGUUUGUUCCAAAGGUGAAAACUAGUAUAGAGAACUCCUGCUAUUAGAUUAUAUUUUGUAUAUUUGAGUACAAGCUCCACUGGCAAUGUUAUCUAUUAUUAAGCUGUAUUUUUUUUAUAAAAUUUUAAAGUUCAUAAUUACCAUACAUUCCAUGUGAUACAGUUUACAAGUAUUUUGUCAAGGUUUUUUAGUUUUUUACUUGAGUAUUUGUCCCGACACGAUUUUGUCCAGGUUUUUAUUGGAGUUAAAAAAAACCUGUGCAGCUAUGGGAACCUUAUUUGACCUUUUACACAAACUUCAGUGUUGGCCAAAAGAAACUUAAAUCCAAUUUGGUUGUUUGUUUUUUUCAAGGCGACCUUUCGGAUCAGUAUGCUAUUAGGGAGAUAAAUUAUAGAAUCAGGGUGUGGUGACCAGUAUUUGCGUACAUCCAUCCCUGUGGCGCUACAGCCCAUGUAGGGCUUUGACCUGCCUCACCACUUCCUUCCACUCAGACCUAACUAAUGCCUUUCUUUUCCAUGCUUGGACUUUCAGCUGCUGUAGAUUUUUUUCCACAUCAUCUAUCCAUCUAAGCCUAGGUCUGCCUUUUAGCCUUUUUCCUCUGGGGUAUUGGUGAUGCACCCUCUUCGUUCCUCUGUCAUUUGGCAUUCUCUCUAAGUGUCCUGCCCAGGGUAGCCUUCCCCUUUUUAUUUCUGCUUCUAUCGUGGUAUCCUGAUAUAGACUGUAUAAUUCAUGGUUGGUUCGUAUUCUCCAUCCAUGUUCCUCCUUUGUUGGCCCAUAUAUUUUUCUGAGAACUUUCCUCUCCCAUGUGUUUAAUAGGUUUUCUGCUGUUUUUGUUAGGGUCCAAGUUUCACUUGCAUAUGUUACAACUGGUCUGAUUACAGUUUUAUAAAUAGUUUUCUUUGUUUCUCUUGUGAUGUUUUUGCUUUUGAGUAUUUUCUGAAUACUGAAGUAUGCCCUGUUUCCGGCUGAUAUUCUUUCUUUUAUUUCUGUUUGUAAUUUGUUUCUUUCAUUUAACAAGGAUCCUAGGUAUUUGAAUUGAUUUACUUUUACAAAAGUCUGGUUUCUAAUUUUAAUUGCUUUGUCUGUUAGUUGUUCUCUUAUCAUGAUCAUGUAUUUUGUUUUUUGGUUGUUAACUUCCAGCCCUGCUUGUAGCGAUGCGUCUUCUAAUUCAAUAAAGUAUUUUGAUAUGUCUUUAAUACUUUUCCCUAUAAGUGCUAUGUCAUCAGCAUAUGCAAGAUACUGAAGUGGUUGGUUGUAGAGUGUGCCUGUUGGUUGUGGGUCUUAAGUUUCCCUCAGAAAGUAUCCUGUUAUCGUUCCUCGAGUGUCAAUGUGUAUGUUUCUCAUAACUCUCUCUAAUGUUAGGUUAAAAAGCAUACAAGAUAGUGAGUCUCCCUGUCGUAGGCCUCGUCUAAUAUGAAAUUCCCUUGAAUAUUCUCCUUGAAUCUUGAUUUUGCUUUUUGAGUUGUUUAGAGUUACUUGUAUUUGUCUUGUCAAUUUGUUGGGUAUCCCAAACUCCUGCAAAGUCUCAUAUAGAUAGGUUUUUUUUAUGCUGUCAUAGGUCAUUUUAUAGUCCACAUAGAGUUGAUGUACUGGCAUAUUAUAUUCAUAGCAUUUCUCUAAUAGGCAUCUGAUGGUGAAAAUUUGAUCAGUCGUUGAUCUGUUAAGCCUGAAUCCACAUUGGUAAUCACCUAGUAUUUCUUCAGUGUAAGCUUGUAGUCUUUUGGCAAUAAGUUUUGUCAGUAUUUUGUAUGUAACAUUUAAUAGGGAGAUUCCUUUUUAGUUUGUGCACUGAUGUUUGGAGCCUUUCUUGUGUAUUGGGGUUAUUAAUGCUGUUUCCCAUUCUGUCGUGAUUUUCUCUUCUUGCCAAAUUUUAGUUAUAAGUUUAUGUAUCUGAUUGUGUAGUUCUUUUCCUCCAUAUUUAAUCAGUUCUGCUGUGAUUAGGUCUUGUCCGGGGGCUUUGUGAAUUUUCAUAUAAUUAAUUACCUCUUUGGUUUCUUCUAGGGUUGGGCAUUGUAUAAAAGGGUCUGUUCCUUCCUGUGGGGGUUGAAAAUCUUCUUCUUGUCUAUUGUCUGCAUUCAGUAUGUCCACAAAUUAUUCAGCCCACCUCUCCAGUACUUUACUAUUUUCCGUGAUUAAUUCUCCAUUGUGGCUCUCACACAUUUGCGGUCUGGCUUGGUAUCCAUUCUUUUCAUCUUUAUCGUCAUGUACAUUCCUCUUAUAUUUCCCUCUCUUGAUAAUCUAUUUCCUUUAGUUUAUCUUUUUCCCAUUCCCUCUUUUUCUUCCAGCCAUUUUUGUUGCUUUCCUUCUGGCUUCCUUGUAUGUUUGUGUUGUCUUUCUGGUUUCCCUUUGUACCAUGAUCAUUCGUGCUUUGUUUCUUUCUUCCACAGUCUCUCUGCAUUCAUUGUCGAACCAGCCUACUCUAUUGUUGGUUUGCUGAAAUCCCACUACUGUUUCUGCUGAUCUUUUGAUGGCAUUUUUUAUCCUAUCCCACUGAUCAUUUAUGUUGUUUUCCCCGUUUACUUCCUCCUGCGAUGCUUCUUAUUGUGCUUCUACUUCAUUCUGGUAAGCUUUUGCAGUUAAUGGGUUUUUGGGCAGCUUUUGGUAAUCGUAUCGUUACUCUCUUUGGUUACGACCAUUGUGAAUUAAGCUUAUUUUCUGCCUUUAUUUCACCCUUACAAGUAGAUGGUCCAAGUCCGCAUCUGCUCCUCUAAGGCUUCUCACAUCUAAUAUAUCUGAUCUAUGUUUCCGACCUAUUAAAACAUGAUCGAUUUGAUUGCGGGUGAUUCCAUCUGGUGAGUUCCACUUAGCUUUAUGUAUAUUUUUGUGCAGAAACUUGGUCCUGCUAACUGACAUCCCUUUUCCUCCCGCAAAGUCUAUGAGUCGGAUCCAAUUGUCAUUGGAUUCUUCAUGCAGACUUUCCUUGCCAAUAGUUGGCAUGAACACCUUUUCUUUUCCUAUUUUGCAUUGAAGUCUCCAAUCACUAUUUUAAUAUCAUGUCAUGGUGCCUCUUCGUAGAUCUUUUCCAAUGUUUCAUAGAAGGAUUCUUUAUCCUGAUCUUGUGUCUUCGGUUGGAGCAUGUACAUUUAUGAAUGUUAUAUUGAACAUUUUUCCUCGCACACGCAAAGAACACAAUCUUUCGUUUCUGGGUUGAAGCCUAUGACAGCACUGACUCCUUCUUUUUUAAUGGCAAAUCCUGUUCCAAGUGUGUUGAUGUUGUUACCACUAUAAAAUAUGGUGUAUUCUUUUGUUUUGUGGAUGUCUGAAUUUUUCCAUCGAAUUUCUUGCAAUGCAGAAAUCAAUAUGUUAUAUUUGACCAGCUGAUUUACAAUGUUGGCUAAGGCUCCUGCUCUAAACAGGCUUAGUACAUUCCAAGUCGCAAUCCACAAAUCAUGUCCAUAUCCAUGCAUAGGUCGAUUUCCAGUGGUAUCAGUCCAGGUUUUAUUCUGUUGAUUGGCUUUCGUAACGUUGAUUUUUUACAUGGCCGGGUUGUUAACCCUGCACACAACCGUCUGAGGGGUUGCCCCUUACAGUUGUCUGGAUAGCAGCCUUAGUUUUUGGGUAAGGUUCCCUAGCCUUUAUGGAUCCCUCCACUUCCUACAAGGCAGUAGGUUCUGAUUUUGGUCCGCCCCAGGUAUUUUAUUUCCCUGGUACCCUCCAUUGCUGGUGGGCUUUCCCCUAUCCGCCACCUGGGAAGGCGCUCGAUGGAAGAUCAGUAUCUCCGCACCAAAGUAUUUGCGUACAUACCUGAGUAAAUAGUAUGGCUACAGCCAUGAAGUAGCAACUUUGAGAACAUUGCAGUUGUUAGUAAACCAUAAUUAAAAAUCUGUUCUUAUCAAGAAUUACACUACAGUAUCAUUUUAAUGUUUUUAAAACUGUUUUAAGAUUUAUUAAGACCCAUAUUACUAACAAGAGGGAGUGGGAUUGUUACGGCAGGAUUUAAUUAACAAUCUCUUAAACUAAAGUUGUUUGAUCUUCUUUGAUGUCUGCAUAUUAUAAAACUGUUUUAAUCUUAAGCCGAACUACGUCACAACAGUGGAGAAUCUGAAGAAUCAUUUAGGGUGAUUAAUAAAUCCAAACUGCUCACAGAAAGACUUAAAGGUGUAACAAUCACAUCAAUUUUACAGUGUAAAUAAACACUGACACUUGCUCUUUGGGACUUAAAACAAAUCCAGACAUUAUGAAAGGGGCCAAAGAUUGCAUGUGUUCAAAACAGUAAGGAUUAAUAGAAAAAAGGAAUAAAAAUUAUAAAUGAUAAUUUCUGUACAUGUUUUGGGGGAUCUUUUGUACAGGUUAGGUUGGCAUAUAUGGUAAUUAAUAAAAUUUAAGAGUUGGGCUGUAAUAAAGCUGGAGUAGAUUAGAGACACACAAAAACUACUUAUGUUAAGAACUAAUAUAGUUAACCCAUGAAGUUUGUGUAUCUAAUUAAUUUAUUCAGAAAUUAUCCUAUCUUGAAUUAAAUAAAGAAAAGGAACUUUCUUCACCAAAAAUUUGAAUAAUGUUUUUCAUCUUGAGAUUAUCUGUUUUUAUCGCUAACUUUAAUUUAAAAGAAAAAUAAAUGUAUGUUAAUAAAUGGCUUGAGCUUAAUUAAAUAACAGGGCAGGAACACAGUUUGUAAGUUAUGAAAGUUAUAUAUUUCUUAUUUUCUGUUUCAACCUUUGUGCAGUAAACUUGUGCUUAAAUGAGUAUCACUGUUGUCUUUUUAUGUUUAUUUUAGAUCUCAGCCAGGUCAAUGGGCUGGACAAUAUGGCUACAUUCAUUACAAAGGGUAAUACAUUGGUUAAAUUCAUUUUUUAAAAUAAAUUAGCAAUGUUAAUAUUUAGUUCUUGACCUUUGAUAAAUUAGCAAUGUUAAUGUUUAGUUCUUGACCUUUAAUAAAUUAGCAAUGUUAAUGUUUAGUUCUUGAACUUUAAUAAAUUAGCAAUGUUAAUGUUUAGUUCUUGAACUUUGAUAAAUUUGCAAUGUUAAUGUUUAGUUCUUGACCUUUGAUAAAUUAGCAAUGUUAAUGUUUAGUUCUUGACCUUUAAUAAAUUAGCAAUGUUAAUGUUUAGUUCUUGACCUUUAAUAAACUAGCAAUGUUAAUGUUUAGUUCUUGAACUUUGAUAAAUUUGCAAUGUUAAUGUUUAGUUCUUGACCUUUAAUAAAUUAGCAAUGUUAAUGUUUAGUUCUUGACCUUUGAUAAAUUAGCAAUGUUAAUGUUUAGUUCUUGACCUUUAAUAAAUUAGAAAUGUUAAUGUUUAGUUCUUGACCUUUAAUAAAUUAGCAAUGUUAAUGUUUAGUUCUUGACCUUUAAUAAAUUAGCAAUGUUAAUGUUUAGUUCUUGACCUUUGAUAAAUUUUCAAUUUUAAUGUUUAGUUCUUGACCUUUGAUAAAUUUUCAAUGUUAAUGUUUAGUUCUUGACCUUUGAUAAAUUUGCAAUGUUAAUGUUUAUUUCUUGACCUUUGAUAAAUUAGCAAUGUUAAUGUUUAGUUCUUGACCUUUGAUAAAUUUUCAAUGUUAAUGUUUAUAUCUUGACCUUUGAUAAAUUAGCAAUGUUAAUGUUUAGUUCUUGACCUUUGAUAAAUUUGCAAUGUUAAUGUUUAGUUCUUGACCUUUGAUAAAUUUGCAUGUUCAAGCUGAGUUUAAUUACGGUAUAUCCUUUUCCGCUUACUCUUAUUAGUCAUUUGGCUUUAAUUUUCUGUUGUCCAAGGGAUCCCGUCUACACAAAUCUGUAACUGUUGAAUCCAUUGGGUCCCCUCUACACAAUUAUGUCAUUGUUUGGUCCAUUGGGCACCCUCUACACGAAUCUGUAACUGUUUGGUCAAUUGGGUACCUUCUAUACAAAUAUGUAACAGUUUGGUUCAAUGGGUCCCCUCUACACAAUUAUGUCACUAUACACAAUUAUGUCACUAUUGGGUCCCUUCUACACAAAUCUGCAACUGUUUGGUCAAUGGGGUACCUUCUCUACAAAUAAGUAACAGUUUGGUCCAUUGGGUCCCCUCUGCACAAUUAUGUCACUUUUGGGUCCCUUCUACAUAAAUCUGCAACUGUUUGGUUCAUUGGGUUCCCUCUAGACAAUUAUGUCACUAUUGGGCCCCCUCUACACAAAUCUGUAACUGUUUGUUCCAUUGGGUCCCUUCUCCACAAAACAAAAACUGUUGAAUACAAAAAAAGAAGGAAGAGAUUAAUUCAUUGUUAUUAAACCAGUAAUUUGCUACAAAGUUUCCUCGACUAAUAUAAGUAAACGGACUAAGCAGUGGAUAAAAUCAUCACUAAUGGAGCAUUUAUUUUCUCCAGUGGUAACUGUGUGGCAUGUGGAACUCAAAUGGACAAGAUUGAACUUAGCCAUGCUGAGUUUGAGAAACUUCAAAAAGUAUUUUUGGACCAGGUCAUUGUAGGAAGUAACAUAUUUUACAAGUCAACACCAGAUGAGAUGAAGAACUUGAUAGCAUUUGUCAAGAGGAAAGGACCCUUUGAUGUAGUCAUAGAUGGAUUGAAUGUAAUUCAUCGCAGUGGGGCAGUUCCUCAAGAUGAAAGAGUAAGAGCAUGAAGAGAUAACUAAUUAAACUUUUUCAAUUGAAAUAUCAUUAAAAAAAUACUGGCAAUUUUCACAAACUAUUAAAGUUAAUUUGGUUACUGUCUUGCGUGCCCAUUUUUGAAUGACCAUUGAAUCCCAAUGGCAAUAUGGCCUGAUAGAAUUGUUUGAAUGUUUGUCUCUAUGAUUGACUGCUACAUCAUGGACUCCCCUUCAAUACUGAGGUCAUUUGUGGUGUGUUCAUUAAUGUGGUGGAAAAUUCAUAAUUUAAAAUCUAACAGUGUUUGAAAUUUGUCUUUUUAAAUUUUUAACACAUAUGAAUACACUGUUUCAUUUUUCUGCGACCCGAUUAAUGCGGAGAAUAUAAUCCAAAUUCAUCUAUAAUAAUACAGAUGACAUAGGUAAAAGUAAAAAAAAAAAUUUUUUUAAGUUUCAGAAAAUAUCAUUCAACAUUCCACUUAGGUCUAACACAGAAGUAGAAAAAUAUUUAGGUUUUGAACCAUAAGCCAAAAUGAAUUUAUAUAGUUUUAUUUUUAUAAUCUUUAUAUUGGCACUUAUGUGAAAGGCAAUUUUUCAUCAUUCUCUAAAAUCUGAUUUGGUACUGUACAACACAAAGGUUUGAACAUUCUUAUACUGUUACAGUUACAGGUUCAUUUCAUCAAAAAUAUAUAGCAAAAUUCAACCAUACAAAAAAAUAGUCUAAUCGUAACCAUGUGUGCUUGCUAUGGGAAGAUUUAACUCAAGUACUGCUUCUACUACUAGAAUGACGGGCAUAAAAUGGAAAAGCUUAAUGAAUUGAUUAUUUUAAUGAAUUUUUGUUUGUUUUAGUCCAUUUAAUUCUCAGUUCAGCAGUUUUUUUACCUUUAUGUGGUUCGAGUCUUUUUUAAAAAUUAAUGACCAUUUCACAAGAUAGGAUUAGUAUUUUAUUUCUUUUGCAGUGAAUAGGUUGUCUUUUUUUUCCCUGUCUAGAUAGAAAGAACCGUGAAAUACUUCUUAAAUCUGGACAAGAGGGUUUUAAUACUUGGCAGUAAGGUCCUCUCAAGAUAUACAAAGAAUAUAAAGGCCAUGAGAAAUCUCAAUACUUACAUGACAUCCUCAACGUAAGUUGCCUUGAAUUAGCUUUGCUAAAUUAAAUUCAAAGGAAUCUGCCUGAAAGUACUUUAGGAGGACUUUAUAAAAAGCUCUGAUUUAUUUGGAGUAUGUCAGCAAUAUAUAUUUGUAUUAAUUAUAUUAUAGAAAAGUGUGUCAUUACCAUAUGAUGACCAGGCACAGAUGUACAGGAUCUUUUGGUUAAAAUACACUUCAAAAAAAAAAAAUCUUAUUUGAAAUCUGUUUUAUUGAGCAAUGUUAACUUUUAAGGUUGAUUUGAUAUUCAAAAAUACACAAUAUAAACAUUUUCUAGCAGAACAUAUUUCUGUUUAUGAGGCUACCAAACCGCUCUGGCCAGAUACUGAUAUCAUUCUUUAAUAUUUAUACACAAAUAGGAAAGCUGAUGAUGCCUUUAUGAUGUAUGCUGCACUUCAGAGCGGCCAGGACACACUCAUCGUGUCACAUGAUAAACUUCGGGAUCACAGAUUUCUCUUGGACAGUGACAUUCGUCAUAUAUUCAAUAAGUGGCUGCAUAAAAUUCAAAUUUAUGAUUGGUUCUAUUCCAGGCAGGGGGAAUUCACUGUCAGGGUUAGUAUCUAAUUUUGUAAUGGAUAUCGGUUUUUAGGGCAUUUUUUUUUUUUUUUAGAGAUUCUAAUCAAGAUAAAAACAGCUGUAAGUUUUUAUACAAUUUUACAAUUACAACACCAAAAUAAAAUUUGUAAAUUUUAGAAAUGAUAACUAUGUGAGAAGCAUUUUUUAGUUGUUUUUUUAAAAUUCUGGUGUCAUUAACAGUUGUCUUUAAGAAAUUGGAGCAAACCUCAAGCAUGAAUAAAAAAAAUAACAAUUUUAACAGCCAGUUAAGUCACUUGUUGCCAUAAUUUCCAGUUUUCAUAUUUGUGGUGAACCCUUGCCAAAUUACAUAAUACAAAAUAAUAAUUAGGUAAUUGCUUACAAUUACGGACUAUGCUGGUGCAGCUUUAUAGCUAACAUAUUAAUGGAACCAGAACAUGUUAACUUUUAAAAUCACAUUUUGUAUUAGUUAUUCAAGUUAAAAGAAACUCCUGUUCAUUUGUAUAAUUUUGUAUAUGUUCAAGUGCAGAAGGGGGCUUUGGCCAUACCACAGUUUAAGUCAGCUAUUACUAUUACCAAUAUAAAAUAUUUUUACCACAUGACCAUAACAGCCCCAACAAAUGAUUACUGAGUUAGUUGAUUUUCAAGGUCAGACUUAUUUUCAAGCAUGUCAACAGCUCACGCUUGAAAUAAGACAUGUUUAAGUAUAACUUUUUCCUUUACUUCUUCCAACAAAAUUUGUAUGGAAAUUAUCCAUUUGUCAAUAUUAAUAGCUUUAAAUGUUGUGUCUUAACAAUCAUUUUGUCAAUGCUACUUAUGCCAAUAAAUGAUUUCUUCUACAGAGGAGACAUCUGUUUGACUUAGGACCAAAAAAAGACAAAGGUGGAUGGCAUUUACCUGAAAAUGAUGUUGAUUUUAAUAACCCCCAUGGUCAAUUUAGUGUACUUUGCCUACGAAACAUAUCGAAUAAGGGUGAUGAUGCCAGCAAAGAUGUUCUGCCUCUUCAGAUCAAAGCCGUUUCUGGAAUCUCUCACGAGGUUGAUCAGCAAAGGGAUUGUGCAGAAACCUCAUUCAAAAACCCAUCAACUUUGAAACCCUCUGAGUUGGGCAAAAAAAAUCCGUCAGUUGGUCAUGGAACACUAACAAGAGCCCCGACUAACCAGCAGAGACCUGCUAAAUCCACACCAGCAUUUACCAGAGCAAAAGGCAAAGACACAGAGUGGUUUGAAACAUAAUUUGUUUUUUUUAGCAUAAUGAGGUUGGCAAAUUUAUUAUGUUAUACAAGAUAUACAUCUAGAUUUAUAAAAUUAAAAUAAAUAUUUGUUAAACUUUAAAAAAAAACUAAAAUCAUUUAAAAUAAUUCAGUGUUUAUCUUUGUUUAUAAUUUAAUUAAUAUGCCUGUUUAAAUACAUAAUACAUUUUUUCAUUUAAACUUAUAGACUGACCGAGUUUAAAUUGUAUUAUACACUCAAGCAUUUAACUCAGUAUCAAGAACUCCUUCAGUUUGUGAGAAUACAACUACAACAGUUUUUUCAAUAA